UAAUAGUUUGAAAAUUUCGGGGAAGUCGUAAAUAAUGCAAUUGUAGUAAUAUAUUUUGUUGUAAAUUCAACUCGAAAGAUCCAAAAAUGGAUAUCAUAUUGCCAUAUAAUACGCAGAACCGGGAGCACUUCUGUAAUUCUGCACUGAAAGUUGGAUUUCAUGAAUUUGUUGCGAUUAAAAUGCUGUACACUAUGAAAGACUCCGAUUUGGAUGUGUUCCAACUGAUGGGACGCGAACGGUUGGAGUUACUGUUUUAUGGUUGGGAGGUAUGUCAGCUGCAUUGGGAUGACCUGGAAAAUAAGAACGUUAUACCACCCUGUUUGAACACUGUCCUAAAGCAAAUUGUACAAUAUUCACUGGACAUGUGGUUUAGCAAGGAGUGGGAGGAGUGCAGACCCCACCACAAAGCUAUGCUCCUUGUUUGUAUUAAGCGUGCAAAAAAUGUGUUGCAAAAAUUACCUGGUAGCGAUAUCUUCAAUUGGGAGUACGCACUACAAUUGGGUGUCAAACCGUGGGAUAUACCAUAUUUAAAUCAGUUUAUGGUAUGUAAUAGAAAUUUGGCUGAAAGUUUGAAGCAGUCGAGUGAGCAUGUAGAGGCACCAGCUACAGUUGAAGAUAUCCAACAUCUUCAAAAGGAGGGUUUAGCUUUGCUAUUAUUGCGUCUCAUCAAACUCUUUGACGGCGGCAUUUUCGAAGGUGUUCGUAAAUUAUCGAUGCGCAUCAUUGCUGCCUGGAAUCAUGAGUAUGAACAGAGCAAGCUCGAGGCAAAACUUGCGCAUCCAGAAGUGAAAAGCCAACACAAAACGUGUUUAAUACUUAUAUGUCAUAUUUACUUAAUGGCCAUAUAUGAAAUGGAUGAUAUACGCGGUUUCGUUAUUGAUAAUGUGCUAAAUAACAUACGUUUUUACUAUCGAAAUAUGAUAGACUGUGCAAGCAUUAAAGAAAAUUCAGCGGAGCAAAUGGAAUACACGCCAGCCCGUUAUAUUGCCAUAACCUGUAUUAAUUUGCAAAUAAGUAGUAAUGAGUUCAUUGAUGCCUUCAUAUACGAUUCAUACGACGAAAAUUUCGUUAGCCUUUUUGGUGUUAUAUCACAAUCCUAUAUGAGCUAUUUGCUUGGUCAUCAAAUAAUGGAAAUGAAUAAAUUGAAUGAGGACGAUUUCAAUAAGUGCAUAGAAGAUUUUAAACGUGUCAUUCAUUUGUACAUAAUUGAAAGGGAACGAAGUGAAGAGUUUAUGAUGAACGAAUUGCACAAAAAAGAAAUGAAACGCCGUAGCCACAGCUUGUCGAUUACAAAAGAAAAUCUUACAUGUUUCUAUACUAAAAUGUGUAAAGGGAAUCGCUUGAGCAACAUUGGCAGUACGGAGCAUACAGAUGGUGUAAACAAACAACUUUUUGCAGCGGAUGAGGAAAACGAACGUCGCGUUGAUCCAGUUUUCCAAAAUUUGCCAAAUAACUCAGAUGUGCUGAAUUAUGUUUAUACUGUGUUGGUGAAGCGGACACACAGAGGCUGGUACUUCGCUAAGCUGAUAGUACUGCUAAAGAUUAUUGGUCUGCAAUUGAAUGCCAUUGAAACUUGGCGCUAUCAUCCAGGUUUAACACCUGAAUUCUUACUAAACCUCGAAGUAAAACUCUCCAAACACUUUGAAGAUUUGGCAUUAAUUUUCCAAGAACAUCUUUUUAUGGAACAAGAAUUUUGGUUGACUGGCUUUUAUUUAAAUCCCUGCAAAAAGUACUAUGAAACUGUAAUACGUAGUGGUAUGCGCGCGAAUCGUCUGAGUCACCGUUUUGAAACUGGUGAAAACUACGAUGAUGAGGAAAGAUACGAUAGUAGAAGAGAUCGGCGCGAAAAAGGUGACAAAGGAGAGAAAGUGAAUGCUAUUAAUGCUAAGUACGGAUUGCUUAGUUCAACUAUUGAUGUAAAGGAAAUUGUAAAAUUAGCAAACCACGAUGCACCCGAGGUUGAUUAUGGACAAUUGUGCAACGCUUUGCGGGCCUUCAAACUGCCCGAAAAUACGAUUAAAGAUCUUCUCACUGUUAUUUUUCUGCCACGAAAUAAAAGUUUUGCUUGGGCUCUUAAUUGGGUCGAAUUGCGCAAGCGUUGCAAAAGUCUGCUAAAAGAUGCCGAACAGAAACGCCACUUUAUAGAGCUGAAUAUGGCUGAGGCAAAUGAUCGUCUUAAAUUUUUGAAAAUUGAUUAUGAAAAGUACAAACAUCGGCCGCAGUUGGAUUAUGGUAGUAUCGAGCAGGGCUAUGAGAAUACAGGCAUGCCAAAUUUUAGCAAAGACAGUAGCGAUGAGAAUGAGGAUGAAGACUCGGAAGACUUUGAAGCCGAUUCCGAUUUGGAUGAGCCGGCUAAGCAUGAACCUAAGAAAACCGAUCACUCGCUACUAUUCGAUACGUAUUUCAUGAGUACACGCCGUACACGAGCACGUGCUGCCGCCAUGAUUGCGAAUGUCUUGGAAAAGGAUGAAAUUAUGUCAAACGAAGAAAAGGAGGAGGACAUAAAGAAAUCAGAUCAGCUAACCGAAGAAGUGAAGGAAUCAGUUUGUGAUACUAGUGAAGCUGGCACAGCCACAAUAAAUGAGACGAAACGUGAUUUUAACGAAAUUCUAAAUGAACGCAAAGUGUUCAGCAAUAGUACCAGCGGUUUCAAUCCAUUUCCAGAUAUUUGGAGUUUAAAUGGGCAAGAAUUGAAAACCAUAGAGAAUAAUGUACCUCAUUUGGAGACUAGCACCUUGUUCAAUAAGUCCGCCAAGUUAGAAGUAUUGAAAACGAAUAGCAUCAAACUACUUAACGAGCAGAGAUUAAAGUAUAAAAUGUUAGAAGAGAGGCGUCAACAAAUAAGGAACGCGGAAGCUAUUAUGCGAGCUGAGGAAGCUCAGAAGCUUGGAAAGAACAAAGAGACUGGCAAGGAAGGAAGUAUGCAGGAAACUUCAGCUUCCGCAGACACAAAUAAGGACAAAUCAGAGUCAAUUACCGAUUUGGAAAUGCAUGAAGAUGAAAGCGACGUCUCUACAACUGCGCGUCGCGACAGUGACGAAGUAAAUGACUUAAGUAAAGACGAACAAAUGGAACAAAGCGAGGAUGUACUCAUCGCUACAGACAAAGAGCGCCAAAGCCCUGAAAAGGCGAAAAAUCAUGCAGUCAACGAAUCGCACCCAACAGAACAAGAGGAUCUACUAAAACUUUGCAUGGCAAAGAAAUUGCGUGUUAGAUUGCGCAGAUUGACAGUCGCAGAUGUGCAAAAAUUACGACAGCCAAGUGUGCGUUUGCAGCGCAUGAAUUUGCAGGAGGUAGCUAAUCAGAUGGGGAAGCCGCGGCGUGCUGAAAGGAAAGUCUACAUUGAUUUGGAUGAAACAUCAAAGUCCAGCAAUAACUCAUUUUGUGGUGAACGCACCUUAACAGAUACGCUAAAACGACGCUUAUACUCCUCCGAGUCGUCUACAGAGUCGGACGAAUUCAACAAAAGACGGCGUGGGGGUCGGGCAAUUCGCGGCAGAGGUCUCUCGAGUGGACACGUACGAACUCAACGUGGUGGACAAUUGAAGAGCUUAAAGGUGACGCCACGCAGUGCAAGUGGCUUGAAAUUUCGGAUCUCAACCAGCGAAAUAUCAAGUAGUGGUGGCGCCAACGCAAUCACAAAUGCCAAUAUGGCUGGUGUAAAAGCCAAUAGCUUGCCCGUUAUUGAUUAUAUACAAAUCUCUUCCUCGUCAUCGUCAGACGAGUUGGAGCCUUACAGUCAAUUAGACGUGGUGCGAGAGGAAGAGAAAAUGGAUGUAGCAAUCGAUCCACUAUAUGAGGAGGAAAUACCUAUAUUUAGACUUUAGUUGAAAUGAGUGAAGACAUCAUGGUAGUGAAUAAAUAUUAUUUAUGGAAAUAAUAAAACGUUCACGUUGCGUCAUAAACACCAGCUUAACGUUUUGUGUUUAUGAAAAACUAUCAAGUGCUCCCUUUGGGGUGUUUAGAAAGUUCAGAAUACAAUUUAACAUUUGUUUGUUUACUUGCUCUUAUUCGCAUUCUCCUUAUAUAUUUUUGGGAAAAUGCCUCCGAAUGCUAAUAGUACAUAUUUACAAACGAUACAUAAAUACGUAGAAUUGGAUGCUUGUGCGAGAAGUAAAUAUUAUAUUUAUUGGCGACGUUGUGGUUUUACUUGAAUUAUAUUUGUUGUCAUAUGAGAGCGAACUGUCGAACCAUCAAAACUGUGGUAAAUUUUUGACAAAAGAGUAAAAGGUUUGAGAUAACAACACCAAAUAAGAGUGGACUUGUAUGUAAUACUCUGAGCUUAUAAGUAGUGGACCCGUAACGGGUAAUCUUCGUCUACUCGACGCACAUUGUUGCUCUUUUAAUUUCUCAUAUUGGACUCUCCUUUUUCUUUUUUUUUUAAGUUUUAUUGUUAUUAAAAGUAGUGUGGCGCAACGUGAACGAAAUAUAAGACGUAUGAUACAUUUUCUAAGUAUUUUUUUAACAUUUACUAUUAAGCUAAGCGAUUUUGGUUUGUAAAACUAAAGAUGAAAGUAUAUGGAAGAAAUGGAAUGCGUAUCAUGCAUAUACAUAUACUAUUUAUAAAAAUUUGAAUAAAAUAUAUUUGAAUUCUUUUCCAAUAAUACACAAUAGACAAAAACUCGUCUUUGCCCAAGCCAUUUCAUAUCUGACAAGCCGUUCGACGCGCGUUCGAACAAAAGCCU